CAGUGUGAUUCCUGCAGAGGGUUAACGCUCCCGCUGAACCGGAUGUGAUUCCUGCUCCGUUUCACUGUUGUCAUUGCAUGGCCAAUGGCGGACGGUGCUUGAGCGUCUGUCUGAAAAACGUAACUUACGUUUCGCACAAAUAUACUCGAAUAUCGAAAGGUAAUUUAAAGCUUUUAGAUCGCACGUGUGUUUUUGGCCCAUCAGCAUGGACGUGAAUUUGACCAUCUCUCUGAUGCGGGGCCAGAUGGGCGCUGUUAUUGAGAAAGCCGUGAACGUCGCGGUGGAGACCGUGUUAGGAGAGAUGAUCCGAGUGGUCGGGCUCAAAUUUGAGGAGAUCAAACGGGAGAUGACCGCUAAAGAGAAGGAGAAUGAGAACAUCAGGAGGAUGUUGGAGACGUCGCGCUGUCAGAUGAAAACUAUGCGCAAGUACAUCAGCGUCCUGUCUGCUAAAGACCCCAACCAUAGACUGUAUCAUGGAGAUGGAGACAUGGCAACAACAUCCACAGGGAUGCACUGCAGAAGAGGGCCGACGAGCAAUGCCCCAAACCCCUGUCCCAGACUUCGGGUCUCUGAGCCAGCCCCUGUGGCUGGACCCUCAUGGCUGAGACAGCAGAUGCACAUGUCCAAAGAAACAUUAAGAAGUGAGAAUCACAUUGCUGAGGUCCAUAUUGAAGAGACCCAUGGAUCAUCCGUUCAUAAAGUUGAGAACUCAAGCUCUCAUCUGGUGGACAGUCAGGCGCUUCUGUCUGAGACCAGUGAUCCAAUCUGGGGUCAGAACCCUCUCGCCUCUGCAGAGACUGGACACACGGACAUGCCGGACAGCAGCAUUCUCUCUGCACCCAUAAUGGAAGAUGAAAGUGUGUCAUCCCAAACUACAUUGACCUUUGGAGCACCAUCGCUUAAAAUCAAACAGGAGGAGGCGGAGGUUGAAAUAGUCUGUGUGAAGGAUGAACCCGCAGAAGCUGGCAGCAUACCUAGAUUUGAAUAUUCCAACGCUGAACUUCACCAGCAAGCGGGAGACCCAGAGCUCGGGGUCUCACUAGAUCUACCCUCAUCAUUUCAAGCUCUUCAGAGUCCAAGCACUUCAGCAGACCUUGCAAUCCCAGCAUUCAUCAGUGUGGACCCAUCUACCUAUGACGACUCUCAGCUGUCAGUGGCAGGGGUCCAAAAGCAGGUGCGUCCGAGACGUAAGGACCUGAACCUGUAUGAAGAAUACAAACGCAGCCGGACUCUGAGAGGCCGCAACACGAACCGAGGUCGUAGUACAAACCGACGGCGUGAGCUGGAGCAGACUCUACCGCAGGCUCUUCUUGCAGACUUGGUAAGGGAACGAAGGGAAAAGACUCGUCUUCGAGUGGCCCGCUGGCGUGCCAAACGCAAAUUACAAGCCUGUCUGAUGGCCUCGCAGGCUGCGCAGUUUAGCGGCGCUCCUGUGCAGACUUCACCUGCCCAGCGCGGCGGCCUGAUCUCCACCCGCAGGCGAGGCGGAGCGAUGGCGCAGCGGGGUGGGCUUGGAAUGAGAAGGGGACUGUCAGAGACUGGCACAUAUAACCUGCUGCUGCAGCUGGGGCCCGGUCCUACUCAAUCAGCUUCGACACGCGGCAUGAAUGAGGGUCUGAUGCCGUCUGGACCCUCAGCAAUAUCACAGCAUAGAACCACUGCAACGAGAUCAACUUAUCAAUGAUGCAGCGUUUACUUACUGCUGGAAACUCACGCUAGGCUGUUGUCAUCUUAAUGGUUAACAAAGUGAUAUUUUUCGAAGUGAGGCACUUUUACUAUAAACUUACACUGAUCUGUGCAAACCUUGUAUACAACAAAAAUUGUGCUACUCAAAAACACAUUAAUGUUUACUUUUACCUAGGGCUGGGAAAUUUUUCCGAAUUUAUCGAUUAAUUCGAAUUUAAAGUUUUGUCAUCGUUUUUAAAAAUUUUUUUAUAUAAAUCUCGAUUUUGAAUAGAAAUACCAAACAUUAGAACAAAAAAAAAAAAAAAACAUGCAAAAGCAGCGCAAUCGAAUUAAAAACCUGUGAAGAACUACAACUUUGUCUGAUAUUUCAUGUUUGCAUCACAGUGACAGGCUGAAAGCUGCUGUUCAUUGUUUUUACAGAACAUUUAUAGUUAAUAAUAAUCUACUGGUGUUAUACCUUCAGUCAUUUUUUGAAUAACCUUGACUUUCAAGAAUUUAAGCAUUUUUAAAAAAGAAUUUUAUUUCUGAAUAUAUAUGUAUAAGACAAGUUUGUACAAGAUAUAGUUGUAGAUCAUGCAUCUUUUCUGCACAGAUAUUUAAAAAGACGAUUUGUUUAACAUUUACAUCAUGUUGACAACUUCACAUGUGUGGUGCAUUUUGAAUAGAAUUUUCUUUAACUAGAGGGUUAAUAAAGAAAAGGUUUACUUGAAUCAUGUUGUAGUUGCAUUUCCAUGUUGACUAGUUAAAAAUGGCAAAAAUUGAGAAUCGGUCAAAAGAAACUAAUUUUAUUAUUUGUGUAUCGCCCAGCGCUACUUUUACCUUUGCAAACUGAAUCCAAAUGGAGUAAAAUUAAACUGUUUGGUUAUUUAGUAACAUUAAACAACUGAAAUAGCACUAUAAAAUGCAUUCUAAAGUCAACUGAGCUGAAUAACAUGUAAACUAAAAGGUACAAAAAUAUUAUUCAACGAUAUUGUGGUCAUCGGUGAAGAAACUGCUCUGCACACAGCGGAAACUGAUAUUUGUCCUAGAAAACAGUGUUAGCAUGACUGCGCUGGUUAUGCUGGCUCACGUGCUUGAAAUGUUUUUCAUCUCUAUGUUUGACUGCAGUGUUCAGGGUGGUUUGAAAUACUAACUUGGUUCAUUCAUUAAAAUAUACCUUCGUGUUCAUUUUUGUAGUCUAAAUUUUUCUAGCAAACAGCACUGUUGGCAAUAACCGAACUGACAUUCGUUUGUAUGCCAGUGCUUUCUGAAUGAGUACACAUUGUAAAAUUGCUGUAUAAGCUGAAAUGUGUGUUCGAUUUUGAGUAGACAAAUGUGGUUUAACAGAAAAAGCGGUGAAUACUGUUUAUAGUUUCUGGAAAUUAGUCUCUGUUUUGGUGGCUGAUGUAAUGGUAUGUUUUGGUAUGAAAAGGUAUGGAAUAUUUUUCUGAUAAAAUUCUCAUGAGUAGAGUUGGGGAAAACUGUAAACCAAGAGCCGUAUCAGUUUUGGGUAUUGAUUCACACUUUUUUUGUUUUUAAACCACAGUGACUUCGAAAAAAAAAGUGCACAUACGGUAUUGUGAUUCACUUACAGAUAUUAGUUUUGUUUUUUGUUUUUAAACCACAGUGACUUUGAAAAAAAAAAAGUGCACUUCUUCCAUAAUUCAGGAGUUGGAAGCUUUAAGGAUCAAAAGGCACACUCAAUAACUGAGAUACUACAUUAACAUUUCAGACUUCAUAAAGCUACAUUUCUUACUUCAUAAAGUACUACCAGUGCUACCGUUAAAUUCAGUUUAAUUAGUAUUCUGAGAAAUGACAUGAAAUUUCAAUAAGCUGAGAAUAAAACACUUUAUAAUUUUUAGAUCAAUUCUGGUAUCAAUAUAAGGCAAUACACAAUAUGUUUCACAAAGACUACGAAUGAAUGUUAUUUUAACCCUUUGCAACAAUCACAAAUUUACAUUACUCAUGUACUCAUUGGGGUUGUGGUCGCUUGUUUUAUGUCACUAUAUUUACACAAAUGAUCAUUUAUGAGUUAUUGCAAUCGUUUUGAAAGUCACUUCAUAAUAAUUUAUAUAGUUUCAAAGCUCUACAGUAGAACAAAGUCCAACUGUUUACAGUAGGUGGGAUGUGAUUUAAUAAACAUUUGUUUUCUACAGUUUUCAUGUGCUAUGUUCAGUGUUUUAUGCUGUUUAAAGAUGAAUAAACAUGUAAUGUUGUGUGUAAGUAUUACAUUUGUUGGUGCACAUUAAAUAAAAGAUUGUUCCUAAAAUCAAAAAAGGUCUAC